UGGCAAUGACUGACAGACUCGGCCAGCUUACCGUCACCGUGUAUUUUUGUAAAAUAUUUAGAAAACUAAAGCUAUAAUGCAAUAAUUUAUAAUAGAUAAUUAAAUAAUUAGUGUUAAUAAACGAGUGAAAUGAGAGGUUGAUUAAUGACGGGACCAAACAGUGAUGUGCAUCCGGACUCCAUUCGAAUGAAAGAUGUCUUCGCGUUAUGGAUUAACAUACAACAGGACAAAACGAAAGUGACUAGUUGACCGAGCGUACUUCGGCGAAUUUUUUAGUUCCUACAUUUUUCUGCCUCGAAAAUGGCGCAGACCGUCAGGCGUGCCGUCGAGGGCAGAUAUCCCUCAUGUUAUAUACCAAGUAGAAUAAAAGAAAGAAGGGCUAAAGCCAGAGCACUGAGAUUAGAACAGCAGAGAAAGCCGGACAAACCAGAAGACUUUGUAUGCUACUCAGACAGCGACAGCGAAGAGGAGACUCCCACUCAGCAGCAUCAGAUCCUCAGCACCUCGUACAAUUUUGUGGAUUAUGUGCGCUCCAGGGAGAUACUCGCGAAAGAGGCGCGGUCGGUGGAGCCGUCGUACGCGACGCGGCAUAUGCUCACACAUGACAUGUUCCGCGAAACGCCAGUCAACCUCGGGAACAUGAACAAGGUGUUCUGUUCUCAGUGGCUCUCGGACAGGCAGGUGGUCUUCGGUACUAAGUGCAAUAAGUUGAUGGUGUACGACGUGCGCACGCGGUCGCUGGACGCGAUCCCGACAUUGCGGCCGCGCGCGGCGUGGCCCGGCGCCGACCACCAGACCGGGAUACACGCGCUGCAGAUCAACCCCUCCAGGACGAUGCUGGCGACUGGGGCGCGGAAUUCUUGCGAGUUGGCCAUAUACAGCCUACCCACGCUCGACCCUGUUUGUGUGGGAGAGGCGCAUAAAGACUGGAUAUUGGACCUGUGCUGGCUGGACGACGAGUUCGUGGUGACGGGGUCCCGCGACUCCAAGCUGGCGCUGUGGCGCGCGCCCGGCGCCGCCGCCGCCUACAUCGAGCCCCAAGCGAUCAGGGAGUGCAAGUGUGGACAGAAAGUCCGCGCGCUAACGUUCAACAAACGUUGGCGGGAGAUCGCCGCGCUGACUCUGAACGGUUACAUCCACGUGUUCGACUGCCAGACCUUCCGGCAGACGUUGUCCAGGAAACUGCCGUCCUGCCAGGAUCUGGUGUGUCUGGCCACGCAGGAUAAUGGCAUAUACGCGAUCGGUUGCAAAUCAUACACGCUGCUGCUGGAUUGCAGGACACUGCAGUCGGUCAAGAAGAUCACGUCCCGGUACAACGGCUGCGGAAUCAGAUCCGCCAGCUUUAGAGGAGACAUGCUUACUAUUGGUACUGGUCUUGGAUUGCUGAUGUUUUACGACUUGCGGGCGGGCAAAUAUCUGGAGAGCAGUGUUCACUCCACCAAGACAGUGACCCUCAGGGCUUCUAAAGGCUAUGUAUUCCCGGACGAGGAGGCGGACGGGUUCAACCAGGUGAAGUACGUGCCGGCGAUCUACACGCACUGCUACGACGACUCCGGCACGCGGAUCUUCACGGCCGGCGGCCCGCUGCCCGCGCCCCUCAUCGGGAACUACGCCGGCCUCUGGCAGUAGUCACAGUCAGUGUCCAGUCACUGGCUCUCGUUACCUAUGCCUAAUACUAGUACUACUUGUCUAUGACUAUACUUUUCUAUGGAUAUAGUUGUCUAUGAUAAUUGUUACCUAUGGCAAUACUUGUCUUUGACAGCAUAUUGUAUGUCUACGAUAAUAAUUACCUAUGACAACAGUUGUCUAUGACGAUGCUUGUCCAUAGCAUAACUGUCUUUGGCAAUAGCUGUCGAUGGAACAAUACGAAAGAUCCCGUGACUAGUGAAAGUGAGCAAAGACGAUAUCGUGUUUCGAAAUGAAGGCCUCUCUUUGAAACUUCUGGAUCGAGACAUAUACUACUUGUGACCAGCUUUGUGAAUAAAUUAUUGACGAGUGUAAUAACGUGAUGGAAUAUUAAAUUAUCGACCAAGCUACUUCGGCUGAAUGUACUGGCAGUCGACCGAUAUUUAUGUUACAUAUUGUCAGUGUAAAAAAAAGCAAUUUUAUUAGUAAUCUGUGAUUCCAACAACAUAAAUACAUACCUACAUACUUCACUGGAUAUAAAAAGAAGGAAUAACUUCGAAAUUUAAUUUAACUUGGCUGGUUUAGGAAUAAAUAUAGUUCCAUUUUCAAAACACGCGCCGCUCGAUGACGAAAAUUUUCGUUUAUAUUUUAACCAAUUUAUUUCUAUUUGUAACUUAAAUUUCGAAACAUAAAUAUUUUAGUUUUUAAACUGCAAUAUUGUAAAUAGAAAGAAAUUAUAGUAUAUGCUUGGUGUUUUUAUAUAAGCUUUUUCGUGAUAUAUGAUGUAAUCUGUAUUGGUCCUCAUUAGUAUACAAUAAUUUCAAUAUAUUAGAACUGAAUGAAGCACAAAUAAUAGUCAGCUAGCAUAGACUUGAUAAAACAAUGAAACACCAAUUUACAUAUGGAGUAUAUUGUGAUUUGAAAUUAUCAGAGAUCGUUUCAAAGUAUGUUUAUACCAAACGAGCGAAUAUUCUUCUUUGGCUGAUCCACCAAUCAGUGAACAAUCGUGAGCCCACCAACCACCAGCAUUAGUGGACAUAGUAUGUAUAGAAUGACAAUCGCUAAUUUGGUUUAAUUAAACGCACCUUUAGAUUAAAUACUUAAAACUUGAUCAAUAAAACCUCGGCCGCAAACUGUCCUCUAAUCCUGAAGUAUCUUUCGCAUAAUACCGCGACAGGGAUUGAAUAAAAUUAAUCACGAAUUUUCAAAGCAAACUUAUAUAUUAAAGUUCCAAAUUUACGCGUAAACAAGUAAUGGUGGAAAGUUGUCCCUUUGGCGAUAUUUUGGGAAAGAGCUAUUCUGCGAAAUGGACAUUACGAGACAGUCGUUAUAAGACUAGGGGACAUUUUGCGAAAGAGGCAUUUUGCGCCAACAAAAGUUGUCGCGGACAUUGCAACCAAAAAGAUACGAAAUGAAAAGAGCAUUUUUUUAAACAUAUCUGGCAACAUUAUUAAUUAUAAACCAAAAUAUAUAUAUAAAAAGGUUAAUACAUACAUAAUAUUACCCAAAUAUAGAUAUUUCGUUGCACUGCACUGUAUUCUAUUUGUUAAUUUAGUUUAGACCUAUCAAUCGCUUUUUAUGUGUGAUCACUUCCAUCUUUACAUGAAUUAUUUUUCAAUUUUGCUAAUUAAACAACAAGAUUUAUAAAAAUAAAUUUGAUAAUGUAACGAAAAGCAUAGAUCUCAGAAUGUAAUAGUUCUGAGAUCUCCAAUUCGUGAAAUGAAUAUAUCUAAAGCAUGUUCAACGCUACACAUGUAUGAAUGGAUUAAUGUUAAUUAUAAUGUGAUGUACAUAUUAAGAAUACUACAGACUGUCUAUAAGUAUUACAAAACGGAUUUUAAUGAACUACAUAUUUUUGCCAUUGUAAUACCAUAUAUAAUAGUCAAAAUUGGUUGAUACCACAAUGUUGUCAACCAAAAGCAGUGGCCUCAAUUAUUUUCUACCUCUAUAGACAGACUGUAACUUAUAAAUAAUAUUAUACGGUGAUUAUGAUAACCAUAUUGGCAUAACGAUCUACUUCCAUUGGAAUAAUUUUUACUUGUAGUGAUUUUGUAUAAAUGAUUCUUAAUUAUUAAGAGUUUAUAUAAAAUUUGCAAGUUCGUAAUCAUCCUGUUAUGUGCACACUAGGCCGGUGAAGGUAUUGCUGUCUCUUUUUGUUAUUAUAAUCCUGGAAAGGGACAUAAAUACAUUCAUUUGUAAAUUGCCCUGUUAUUCAUAAAAAAAGUUAAAACACACUUUAAACGUGUGUUUUGUCUCGUUCUGUUAAAGUCAAAUAUUGCAGAGUGCGAUAGUGACAAAACAUACUUUAGCUUUUUUAGGAAUAACAGGGUAGGUGUGAGACGAUGCAAUGUAUAAAAUUAUACUGGUUAGAGGAUUUUAGGGUUGGGUUGUACAUAAAGAUUUAUAUAAACGCUCAUUAGAAUCACAAUUAAGUGCGAGAAUAUAAAUAAAAAUAAUAUAGGGGAUUUGCUAGCGAUUUAGCUUCGGUUCGCAGUUAGCUUGGCGUGUGAUGUAUAUUUUAGAUUUACUAUGGCGAAAUAUGGUGUACAAUUUACAACACUAUUUUGUUUUGAUUAAUAAUUAACUUCUACUGCCAUUCGCAAUAUGUUAUCCUAUAUUAUGUAAGGGUUUACAUUUUGUUGCAAAUACGCGACGCAUAAGUUUAAUGUUAAACGCGUAUGUUUUCAGCAGUCAAAAUGAGACCCUCGACAUAAAAUGGUAUGUGCAUAUUGUACAUUUCAACAAUGAAGUUUCUUGUGUAAGAAAUUAUUUGAUAAAUAUAAAUUACCUUGUAUUAUUAGAGCUUAUCUUAGACGUGGUAUAUACAUAUAGGGAAUGGAUUAUGGGAUAACCAGAAAUCCCUUAUAAAUGAUCUAGGUACAAGUCUAAAAUAAGUAUUUAUUGAUUUUGAUUGUUUUAAAUUUUGACAUAGAAAACGCUCCAUGCGUGUUGCACGAUUAGUAGAAUACGCUAUGCGUGUUUUUGUGUGUUAAGAAUGAGAAUGCUAAGAUUAUUUAAGGCAAUUAGUUUUAAAAACUUGAAAUAGUUAUGUUGUAAAUUGACACACCCAUACAAACUGAAAGUGGGAAAUUUUAUUGCAGACAAUUAUUUAACGCGUACGUUUGUAAAUUCUCACUAGACUCUGACGUCUUUUUUCGUCAACGUCUCAAGUAUUCAUAAAAGUACGCCUUAUUCCAGUACUUAAUAUGAAUUUGCAAUAUAAUUUUCUGUAUCAAAUAGCGACUUCAACAUUGUUCGUGAUGCCGUAUUACCUCAUUGUUUGGCGUGAGUGAGACAGCAAACACUGAUGUGUAGACUGUCUCGUUUCAACUACGUGAAUAUUGGGACCAUGGUCUUUGUAUAUUCGAAAUGUAUAAAGCAACAUUUUACUUUUGACGAUGUUUGAAUUAUGGAUCAAAUGAAGACAUAGGAAAUACCAUAACGUAUAAGACUAUUAUCUACAUGAAAGAAAUAAAAAUGCUGACAUUUUGAAAUAACCAAAGACCAUGACACCACGAGCCUUAAGUUUAGUGAUACGAAACUUAUAUAUAGCGGGGAUACAUAUUAGUUAUUAUUAUUGAUCCAACUCAUUGUGCGUCACUGGUCACUACAUCGUGUCAAAAAUAUACAACACAUAAGGAAUGUGUCAAAAUAUCCUAGUUAGUGAAGCGGAUUCUGUUUGUGUUUAUAAUAUUUUCGUUCAUUAAAACGCACCAAGAGUGUCGCGUCGCUGUUUGGACUACCUACACUCUAGGCAUGUUUCCAUAAUUAUCGUAUUAAAUGGCACUUAAUAGUUUACCAGUGGCGAUCAACGGGUUCCAAUUGGCUACUAUAGUUAACGGUAAGCGAGGCGUGUCGAUUUGUUUUUACAUGUAAUUUCUACAGAUAUCCAGAUAUGGACCUUAUGACAAAUAAAAGACUUAAAUAUGC